AUGGCGAGCGAGACAACUAAAGGGGAAAUCACCCUUCCGGUCAACGUGGCCAGAACAACCCAAAAUGAAAAGUUUCAUCUCAUCGAAGGAGACAUGAGAUACAAUGCCUUGCUCGAAAUGCCAUGGAUACACUCCAUGAGAGCAGUACCAUCAACCUUUCAUCAAAUGAUGAGGUUCCCAACAAAGGAUGGAAUAAAAAUGGUAUACAGGGAGCAACAUGUUGCAAGAGGGAUGUUCGCAGUGCAUGAUGUGGCACCAACAUCGACACCUUCAAUAUCGAAGGAGCCAAAAGAUAAACAUAUAGCAAAGUAG